AUGCCUGGCUUGAGCGUGGAUACACUCAAUACGUACUACAAUAAAUUGACCGGUGAACAACAAGAACAUAUAACUAAGAUAAUUCUCGAUGAUUAUCUUAAGGACAAAGAAGUGAGCAAUUUGAAUAAAUUGAAAGCACUAAGAGUCAUUCGUCGAAUGAUACACACAUACAAAUUCACACUUCAAUGGAUUAACAACCGACAACAAUCAUCGGCUCCUUCGCUCACCACUAAAACAUCUAGAGUCCAUUGUAUUCGAGGUGCCGAUGCUCAAUCAAUUGACGAUAUUAUCAUUUGUUUACCGGCAUCGUUCGAUCUAUCACGAGAAGAUCUCAUUAAACAAUUCGAUCUACUCAAAGUUCAAUUGAAUGCUAGCAAUGCCAAAUACGUGAGCAAUGCUAUGUUGGCAAUCUCACGAAAAUUGCCCGAUGAAAUUUUCCUUAAUAUGUAUCUCGACUUUGUACGCAACGAACAGUUUCAGAAACUAGGAAUUACUGCAAACAAAGAAAUACUCCGUCUAUUGAUUCAGUAUCGGAAUGAACCGACGCUGAUCAACAUAGUAAUUCAACCGUUGUGGGCUACUCGACCCCAUCAAGAUGUACGUGCCUGUCUGAUUGCUGCUCUUCUCCAUUUUCUCGACAAGUCAGGCAGAAAUGAAACAUCUCCGAUUUGGUCAAUUCUCGAUCAAGCGGCACACGAUGACUAUUUGCCAGUGAUACAUACACUGUUUGUUCAUACUCGAGGUGAACCCCAAUGGCUGUUGACACAUUUAGCCAAUUCUGGCGAUAUUCUCUUUCAAAAAUUUGUCGAGCGAAUUCAAUUUCGUGUCUUAGACCAUCCAAACAAGUUAGAAGCAAAAGUUUAUGCUUGGUUAAGAAUCGAUUAUAAAUAUUGUAAUGCAACAACAUUGUUCAACAAAGCCAAGGAAUUAUGUAUCCAAUUUGAUAAAGAUGCAAAUACCUGUUGGGAAACAGCUUUUGGAAAGAUCAUCGCUUGCUAUAAACAACAAAAGCCAUCAUCAAAUAUCCUUGUUGAUCUCGUUAAAUCGAUUAUGUCUCGUCGUGAGGAAGUGGAUGGUACUCAAAAUGCAAUUGACUAUGCACAUGACAUGCCGCCUUGUUCUACAGUUCGAGGCUACUUUGGCUCCGGUAGUCGGAGAAAUUCUGAUCAGAUUGGCAAAGAACAAGGAAGAUUUACACGCAGUACUUAUUCAUCUACAGAAGAAUUUACUCGAUGCCCAUUUUCAGCGAGUGAUCUGUGA